CCUCUUUUUCCUAAAACCCAAACCCUUGGCGGCUGUUUACUCUGCUGCUUCCUAUCACUCGAUUCAAUCCUAGGGUUACUCUCCCUGUCUCUGAAAGCCUUGUUAUUGGAUUAUAACGUUUGAGAUCGUCCCUUGUUGUAGAUCUGUCGGUUCUAAAUCAUGGCCACAGUUGCUCCUACUGCUGAUCAAGCUGCAGGUUUGCUGCAAAAUUUAUCGCUAGAUUCUCAGGCGAAGGCUUUUGAAAUUCCUGUGCCCACGAAGAAGCCUGCUGCUAAUCAAUUUGGAUCUGUCGAUCUGACCAAUGUCCCAAAUGGUCAAAAUCAGUCUUUUGAGCGAUCUGUGACCCCAUUGCUUUCAGAAUAUUCUGAUCCGUACAUGUGCUAUCUGCAAAAUGGAUAUCAGUCGGCAUAUUACUUUGCUGGCUACAAUGAUACCGGCAAUGAGGGGGACGACUAUACGAGAUAUGUGAAUCCAGGUGGAGUUGAGAUGACUAAUGGGGUUUAUGGGGAAAAUGGAUCUGUCCUGUUUCACCAUGGUUUCAGGUAUCCGUCAUAUGGCCCAUAUUCACCAGCAACAUCACCUGUUCCAACCAUAGGCAACGAUGGACAGCUAUAUGGGCCUCAACAUUACCAAUACCCUCACUAUUUCCAACCAAUGACUCCAAGCAGUGGGCCAUUAACUCCUAGUCCAGUCAAUCCUUCACAGGCGGAGCUGUCCACCUCAGCAGCUGCUGACCAGAAGCCUUUACCUGUCGAAGCAGUGAAAAAGAAUUCUAAUAGUGUUGCCAGUGGUGGGGGUUUGAAGGGAAACAAUCUUUCAGUUCCCUUUAAACCAGCAUAUCAAAAUACCUAUAAUUCAAAUAAUAUUUAUGGUAGGAGUGCUCUGCCCGGUGGUGUUCCUCCUAGUAAUCAAGAUCCAAGAUUUGGUUUCGAUGGAGCUCGCUCGCCUAUCCCGUGGCUAGAUGGCUUUUCAGAUGGUUUGCAUAGGCCUGUGACUAACCAUGGGAUGACUCCUUCAUAUCCAAAGGUCAACAACUUUCAAUCUUCAAGGAAUCAGAAUUUCCGUCCAAAUUCCCAAUUUAUGGGUUUGCACCAUCCCAGUACAAUGUCUGGCUUGGGUUCGGCUCAUGGCUAUGUGAACAGGAUGUAUCCAAACAAAUUAUAUGGCCAAUAUGCAAACUCCUUGAGGACUGGUAUGGGAGUUGGAUCUGGUGGUUAUGAUUCACGAACAAAUGGACGUGGAUGGCUGGCUGUUGAUGGCAAGUAUAGACCCAAGGGGCGUGGUGGUUACUUUGGUUAUGGCAAUGAGAAUGCAGAUGGAUUGAAUGAGCUGAACAGGGGACCUAGAGCCAAGAGUUCCAAGAACCAAAAAGGUUUUGCACCCAACACCAUAGCAGUCAAGGGGCAGAAUGUGCCCACAAAUGCAUAUAAUGUUGAGGAGACUGAACAUGCUUCUGUAGCUUCAGACAGGGAACCAUAUAACAGUAUAGAUUUCCCUGAGGAUUAUAGUGAUGCCAAGUUCUUCAUAAUCAAGUCCUACAGUGAGGAUGAUGUCCACAAGAGCAUCAAAUAUAAUGUCUGGGCCAGUACACCCAAUGGAAACAAGAAGCUUGAUGCUGCUUACCAGGAGUCUCAGCAGAACUCUGGUGGCUGCCCUGUAUUUCUUUUCUUCUCGGUAAAUACCAGCGGGCAAUUUGUUGGUCUUGCUGAGAUGGUGGGGCCAGUAGAUUUUAACAAGAAUAUAGAGUAUUGGCAACAAGACAAGUGGACAGGCUGUUUUCCUGUGAAGUGGCAUAUUGUGAAGGAUGUGCCAAACAGUUUAUUGAGGCACAUUACCCUUGAAAACAAUGAAAAUAAGCCUGUUACUAACAGCCGAGAUACUCAAGAGGUCAAGCUAGAACAGGGGCUUAAAAUGAUAAAAGCAUUUAAAGACCAUUCCAGUAAAACAUGCAUUUUGGAUGAUUUUAUUUUUUAUGAGACUAGGCAGAAGUCGAUCCUGGAGAAGAAGGCUAAGCAACAGCAGUUCCAGAAACAGGUUUGGGAAGGUAAAGCCAGCCCAGAAAAGAAAGAAGAGGCAAAUGAUUCUCCAAAACCAUUGGAGGCUGUGUCAGUUGUAAGAAAGGAUACUAAUACUAUUGCUCAGCCUAAUGGCGAGGUGAAGCAUUCUGAGAAUGGCUCAGUUGCAAAUGCUGGAGAUGGCUUAAAGGGUAGCAAACCAGUUUUGUCAGAAGAGACGAAGACGACCGAUGGUGUUGCAAAUGGUUGCUAGCUUCUCCUCUGAACGAUGGCUGUCCAAGGUCUUGUAGAUUUCAUACGACUUCCUGCAGAAGGCAAUUCUGUUGGCAAUCCUCAUGAAGACAUGGGCUGCUGUCUUGGAUCUAUGCUCUUGCUUUGGAGUCUCCAUGACUUGUUGAGAGAUGAAAGCAAAAUCAGUAGGUUUUUGGUUAAUGGGUGAUGCAGGAGGAGGCAGGGGUUAGGCUUCCCUAACAGAUUUUCAUUUCCCUAGGUGUUGGGUUUAGGGGUUCUGUUAUCAUAUCAUGUUUCUAUUUAUUUUUUCUGCCUUUUUUUUCCCUUUUAGUUUGCUUAUUUAAAAUCUCUCUUUUUUGCUGUUUUGGUCAUUUUCCUGCCUUGUAAAUCUGGAUCUGCUUUGCUUUGGAAGCUUAGCGAUGCGUGUAUUUUGUAAGACUGGUGAAAGCAAGGUGGGAAAGUAUCUUUCUAUAUGGUUUAGGGCAA